AUGCUGCUACCGCUGCACAAGACGCUUCCGCCUCCAUCGCGCAAGACACUACCUCAACGCUUGGAGGAAGUAAUAGGUCAGGAAUUUUCUCAUGAAGAGGUUACUAGCGAGCAUAUAUCAUAUGAUCAGGAUGAGCAGGAGGAAGAUAUGGAAAAGGAAGUUGACGUGGACUAUAUGGAUGAGGACGACACAAAUGUGAAACCAAUGUUCGAUUAUCACGGCUUCGAUGAAGGGUAUAACAUUGACUCACUCGAAGACAUUGGGAUGAUUGAAUUUUGGAACAUCAGGGACGAAGAAGUAUGUCAUUUUCACUUUUCUGAUGUCGACAUUGCAUUUGAGUUCUACAAUAGAUAUGCAAGGACAAGAGGCUUUAGUGCUCAGAAGAACAGAACUAGGAAGAGUCGUGCGGGCGUACUUAAGUUGAAGAAUUUUGUAUGUCAUCGUGAAGGAUUUAGACUGCAAAAUAAUCAUGGCAUUGGAAACUUUAAGAGAAAACCUACUCCCGAGACAAGGUAUGGCUGCAGUGCAAUGAUGGAGAUUUGUCUAGAUGCACCUAGUGGUCGUUGGUUUAUUUCUUAUUUUUCUGAUGAACACAAUCAUCCGCUUUUAGAUCCUCGUUUGACUGGAUUGCUUCGUGGGCAUAGAUUCAUGUUCGAGGCUGAUAUCGGCCACAUGAUUAACAUGAAAAAGGGUUGGAUUAGUGUUGGGCAGAUAUAUCGGGUAUUAGCAAAUCAGGUAGGUGGCUACGAGUAUCUCUCUUUCACGCAAAGGGACAUGUACAAUAAAUUAGCAAAACAGAGGCGCCAGUUACCCGGUGAUGUAUAUGCAGCUUUGAAUAGUGCAGAUUACUCAUUAUUUGGCGAUGUGCUGGCUUUUGAUGCUACCUAUAAGAGGAAUAAAUAUAUGUGUCCAUUGGUGAUAUUUUCUGGUGUCAAUCGUCACAAUCAAACAAUUAUCUUUGCUGCUACUUUAAUUUGCGAUGAGGAAAAACACACAUAUAGGUGGUUGCUACAACAACUGAAGGUGGUAAUGAAUGGAAAAUCACCUGUUUCGGUUAUCACGGAUGGUGAUCUAUCAAUGAAGUUUGCCAUUGAGAAAGUGUUUCCUAAUGCACAUCAUAGAUUAUGUGCAUGGCAUCUGAUUCGCAAUGCAAAAAAUAACAUUGGCAAGUCCCAGUUUACCUCCAUGUUUAAAAAGUGUAUGCUAGGCGACUUUGAAAUUGAUGUAUUUCGUCAAAAGUGGUUUGAAAUGGUUGAGGAAUUUGGUGUAGAAAACUAG